AUGAAGCAACAAACAUAUUGUUAAUCACAUUAAGGGUUUGCACACUAAUUUAUAAUCCUAAAUUAAGGUUAGGCUAAGUUGGCUUGUGGAGAAUGCAUUUAUUAAUUACAAGACAAUUCGAAUAAAGUUGACUUUGGAUAAAUCAUCUCUAUAUAGAAAGCCUUAACAUCUCCGGAUUCCUUAAUUCAAAAAUUGACAUCUUAGGAGAAGUUUAGCAAUAUAUUCUAAAACCUAGCAAAUUUAACAGGAGAUGAGCUGAAAUAGGAACUUGCAAAUGUUGAAUCAUCUUUGAGACAACUUCAAGUUUUUAUUGAUCAAGUUAUAGCAAAAGCUAAAAUGCAAGUUGACUUAAUCAUUGAAACGAGAGUUAACAUCAAAAAUGAUUUGGUUCAAAAAAUAAAAUAUCCUCAAUUUGUAAAAUUGUUGGAAGAAUUAGGUAAUUCACAAUAAAUUGGACAAAUAGACAUCUAUCAAUAGAUAGAAUAGAAGCUAUCAUAACAUUUGAAUGAAGUCAAUUAAGGAGAUACCAAUGGAUUGAAUGGUUACCUAGAUGAAACCAUAUCUAAGUAUAAAAAAUUGUUGUAAGAAUAAUUAAAGAACAACUUUCAAAUGGACAACCUCAAAGUUUAAAUAGAUGAUUGCUUACAACAAUACUUAAAUUUAUUUUCUAAAAUGAGCAAAAGUUAUAUGUUAGGACUCUUAGAUACAACGAAAUCCACGGUUGUAUCAGAAGAAUAAUUCUUAGAUUUGGUGAAAGUAAUAACAGAUAAGAAUCCAAAGAUGAUCAGCCAGGCUAAAUUACUAUAUUAGGGCACAAAGGAUGGUUUCAAUUCAAAUUCUUUUUGGAGCAAAAUUAAUACUAAAUCAAAUUUGUUAAUGAUAUUUAAAACCAAAAAGGAUGUAAUCUUUGGAGGCUAUUCACCUUGUAAAUGGGAAUCACAUCUUAAUAAUUAUGUGGAAGAUCCUACGAAUUCAUCAUUCAUAUUCUCAUAUAAAGAUUAGUAAAUCUAAUUAUACCCACUGAAAGAAUAGAAAAAAAGGUUUGCAAUUUAUUGUUCGUAAAAUUGUGGCCCUACAUUUGGAAGCGGUUUUGAUCUUCAAAUUGGACCAACUUUUUAAUCAGGAUUAUGUAAAUUGGGAUAGACGUACAAUGUUGAAUUAUAGGGUUUUAAUCCAAAUACAUUUUUUGGAAGUCCAUAACCCUUAAUUGCUGAAUGUGAGAUAUAUGAACUUUCAGGAUGA